AUGGGCAGGAGGUCGCCCGUUGCCCUUUUCGUGGCCCUGUGGGCCAGCCAGCUGGGCACGUGGGCAGCGGGGCGCUCCAAGGUGAACCCCAGGAUCAUCACGGCUCCGCAAGGUGCAAAAGAGUACGUGUUUCCCAGGAGCGAGAAGUACCCGGUCUUCUAUCAUAAAGAAAACAGCUCAGCCGUCUACAUCGGGGGAGAGGGAAAGCUUUAUUACUAUGACUUUGCAACCUAUGAGAACUACACGGAAGACUUCCCAGUGAAAAAUGAAGGACUCUGCAUGACGCCUGGGAGUUUGGAGGACAAUAAAAAUUACCUCACGUUAGUGGAGAAGUAUGGAGAUGGGAUGUUAGUGUGUGGGACCGGUGCCUGCGCUCCCACCUGCUGGAACUUGACGCAGAGGAAGGAGAGCACUUCGUGGGAUGGGAGAGGUAUUGCUCCUUUCACCCCUGACUCGAAUACCCUCGUCGUCGUUGACGGUCAUGACAUCUACUCCACCAUCAAGAAGAGCCAGCAGAACGGCAAGAUACCCCGUUUCCGUCGAGUGCGAGGUGGUGGAGAGCUCUACACAAGCGACACAGUGAUGCAGAACCCUCAGUUUGUCAAAGCCACCACGUUAAGGCAUGAAGAACCUCACCAGGACAAGAUUUACUACUUCUUUCGUGAAGACAACCCAGACAAGAGCCCCGAGGCCCCCAGAAACAUCUCCCGAGUAGCCCAGCUGUGUAAGGAAGAUAAAGGGGGAACCGGUUCGCUCUCUGCUUCCAAGUGGACCACCUUCCUGAAGGCCAGCUUAAUUUGUGUUGACCCAGUCACCAAGGGCAACUUCAACUGGUUGCAAGAUGUCUUCUUUGUCCCGGCGAGUAACUGGCGGCACUCCAAAGUCUACGGGCUCUUCACAAACACCUGGGGAAGCUCUGCUGUUUGUGUCUAUUCCUUUGGGGACAUUGACAACGUGUUUCGGACGUCCAAACUCAAAGGCUAUAAUGGUCCCAACCCAGAGAUCAAGCCUGGGCAGUGUGUUUCCUCUGGACAGCACACCCCAAGCGAGACCUUCAAGAUAGCCGACAGCCACCCGGAGGUGGAGGACCGGGUGGAGCCCCUCUCCCCCACCAAGAGCCCCUUAUUCCACAACAAGCACCGCUACCAGAAGAUUGGGGUGCACGAGGUCUCUGCGGCUGAUGGGCGCCGCUACAACGUGCUUUAUCUGGCAACAGACAAGGGAUCCAUCCACAAGAUCGUGGAGCUGCCCGAUGGGGUGCAGAACAUCAUGGAGCUCCAGGUUUUCCCAAAGAAGGACCCCAUCCAGUCCAUGAUCCUGGACCACAAGAGGGCGAUGCUCUACGUCGGCUCAACAGAUAAAGUCAUGGAGAUACCCAUGGACAUGUGCAGGGUGUAUCGCAACAACUGCGACAGCUGCUUGCUGGCCAGGGACCCGUACUGCGGCUGGUCCAACGGGAGCUGUCAGUCGGUUUAUCUAAACCGGGAGGUACAUCAGAACCUGAACCUGGACCCGUGGCGAGGAAGGUGCCAAAAAGGGGAUAUUAAGGAAGAUGACUAUCAGAACAUCACAGUCGUCCCUUUCUCCCGCUACUACCUCAACUGUCCCAUCGAGUCCCACUAUGCCACCUACAACUGGUACCACAACAACAGCCUCAUCAAGACCUGCAACACCACCCACCCCCAGCAGGCCUGCUUGCACUUCAUCCAGAACGUCAGCCACCUUCACUACGGCCACUACGUCUGCAUCUCGGAGGAGGACGGCUUCAAGCAGGCUCUGGUAAAGGAGCGGUUGGUCAACCAGCUCAGGUUCAUGUCCCAGAAAGGCCAGGCCACCAUGACGUUCGGCUCUUGGCUGCAGCUUCUCUUGAUGGUGCUGUUGGUGGAGCUCUUCCACUGA